AUGGUUAUGAAACCAGAAGUUGAACAAGAAUUGGCUCAUGUCCUUUUGACAGAGCUUCUAGCUUAUCAAUUCGCAUCUCCAGUGAGAUGGAUUGAAACUCAAGACGUCUUCUUGAAAGAUAUGAACACAGAAAGAGUCGUCGAAAUCGGUCCAUCCCCAACUUUGUCAGGGAUGGCUCAAAGAACUUUGAAGAAUAAGUACGAAUCAUAUGAUGCUGCUUUAUCUUUGCAAAGACAAAUCUUAUGUUACUCUAAGGACGCCAAGGAAAUUUACUACACUCCUGACCCAGUCGCUGAAGCUCCAGAGGAAGAAACUAAAGCCACUGAAGCUCCUGCCGCCGCUGCUGCUCCAGCUCCAGCUCCGGUUGCCGCUGCCGCUCCAGUUGCCGUCGCUGCCCCAGCCCCAUCAGCUGCUGCUGCCGAACUACCUGAUGCUCCUGUUAAGGCUUCCUUAUUGUUGCACGUCUUAGUCGCUCAUAAAUUAAAGAAAUCACUGGACUCUAUUCCAAUGUCAAAGACCAUUAAAGAUUUGGUUGGUGGUAAAUCUACUGUGCAAAAUGAAAUUCUUGGUGAUUUAGGUAAGGAAUUCGGAUCUACACCAGAAAAGCCAGAAGACACUCCACUUGAAGAAUUGGCUGAAACUUUCCAAGACACAUUUUCCGGUUCUUUAGGUAAGCAAUCCACCUCUCUAAUCUCAAGAUUAAUUUCUUCUAAGAUGCCUGGUGGGUUCACCAUCACUGUUGCUAGAAAGUACUUGCAAUCUCGUUGGGGUUUACCUUCCGGUAGACAAGAUUCUACUUUGUUAGUAGCUUUGUCCAAUGAACCAGCUGCUCGUCUUGCCUCGGAAGCUGAUGCAAAGAGCUUCUUAGAUGGACAAGCUCAAAAGUACGCCUCUAUUGCAGGUGUAGAUUUAUCUGCUGCUUCUGCUCCUGCUGCAGCCAGUGGAGCAGGCAGUGCUGGUGGUGCCACUAUCGAUGCUGCUGCAUUGGAUGAAUUGAACAAGGAUCACCAAGUUCUAGCUCGUCAACAAUUGCAAGUCUUGGCUCGUUAUUUAAAGAUGGAUCUAGAUGGUGGUGAAAGAAAGUUCCUAAAAGAGAAAGAUACCGUCAAAAAUUUACAAGCUCAGUUAGAUUUCUUAACUGAAGAAUUAGGUGAAUUCUACGUCGGUGCUUUGAAUACUGCCUUUUCAAGAAAGAAGGCCAGAGUUUUUGACUCAUCUUGGAAUUGGGCUAAGCAGUCAUUGCUACACUUGUAUUUCGAAAUCAUCCAUGGUGUCUUGAAGAACAUUGAUAGAGAAGUGGUGAGUGAAGCCAUUAAUAUCAUGAAUAGAUCCAAUGAUGCCUUGAUCAAGUUCAUGGAAUAUCAUAUCAAUAACACUGACGAAACUAAGGGUGAAAAUUACAAAUUAGUCAAAGAUUUGGGUGAACAAUUAAUUGAAAAUUGUAAAUUGGCCCUUGACUUAGACCCUGUGUACAAGGAUAUCUCUAAACCAACUGGUCCAAAGACUGUUAUUGACAAGAAUGGUAACAUUAAGUACUCUGAAGAACCAAGAGAAAAGGUGAGAAAACUAUCCCAAUACAUUCAAGAAAUGGCUCUAGGUGGUCCAUUAAGUAAGGCUCCAGGAACUACCAUUCAAGAAGAUUUGACCCGUGUUUACAAGGCCAUUAGUGCACAAGCUUCAACCCAUGAAAUCUCUGACUCUACCAAAUUGGAAUUCGAAAAGAUUUACGGUGAUUUGAUGCAAUUCUUAACCAACUCCAAGGAAAUCGAUGCAUCUCAAACUACUCAAUUAGCCGGUGGCGAAGAUGAAGACGAUGAUUUAGAUAAGGAUUCCACCAAGGAAGUUGCAUCAUUAUCAAACAAAUCCACCAUUUCUAAGAGUGUCUCCUCUACUGUUCCAAGAGAAACAGUUCCUUUCUUACAUUUGAAGAAGAAGUCAUCAAGUGGUGCAUGGAAGUACGAUCGUCAUUCUUCUGCUCUAUUCUUAGAUGGGUUGGAAAAGGCUGCCGUUAACGGUGUUACUUACAAGGAUAAAUAUGUCUUGCUUACUGGUGCCGGUAACGGUUCCAUUGGUGGUGAAAUUUUAAGAGGUUUACUACAAGGUGGUGCCAAGGUUAUUGCUACUACUAUUGGUAUUAACAAGGCAAACAUGGAAUAUUUCCAAUCAGUUUAUGCUAAGUUUGGUGCCAAGGGUUCCACUUUAGUUGUUGUUCCAUUCAACCAAGGUUCCAAGCAAGAUGUGGAAGCUUUAAUCAACUAUAUUUACGAUGAUGAAAAGGCCGGUGGUUUAGGUUGGGAUUUGGAUGCCAUUAUUCCAUUUGCUGCCAUUCCAGAAAACGGUAUUGAAUUAGACAAUAUUGAUUCCAAAUCUGAAUUUGCUCACAGAAUUAUGUUGACCAAUAUCUUUAGAAUCAUGGGUAACGUCAAGAAACAAAAAUCUGCUAAGGGUAUUGAAACUAGACCUGCCCAAGUCAUCUUACCAAUGUCUCCAAACCAUGGUACUUUUGGUGGUGAUGGUUUGUAUUCUGAAUCCAAAUUAUCUUUGGAAACAUUAUUCAACAGAUGGUUCUCUGAAUCCUGGGGUAACCAAUUAACCAUUUGUGGUGCCAUUAUUGGUUGGACCAGAGGUACUGGUUUAAUGAGUGGUAAUAACAUUAUUGCUGAAGGUAUUGAAAAGAUGGGUGUCCGUACUUUCUCUCAAAAGGAAAUGGCCUUUAACUUAUUAGGUUUAUUGACUCCUGAAGUUGUUCAAUUGUCACAAAAGGCACCUGUUAUGGCUGAUUUGAAUGGUGGGUUACAAUUCUUGAAAGAUUUGAAAGAGUUCACUCGUAAAUUACGUACUGAUUUGACUGAAACUUCUGAAAUUAGAAAGGCUGUUUCCAUUGAAACUGCAUUGGAACACAAGACAGUUAAUGGUGAUAAUGCUGAUGCUGCAUAUGCUCAAGUGGAAAUUCAACCAAGAGCCAAUAUUCAAUUAAAUUUCCCAACUUUGAAAUCAUACAAGGAUAUUAAAGCUACUGCAGCACCUGAACUGGAAGGUUUAUUAGAUUUGGAAAGAGUCAUUGUGGUUACUGGUUUCUCUGAAGUUGGUCCAUGGGGGUCUUCCAGAACUAGAUGGGAAAUGGAAUCAUCUGGUGAAUUCUCAUUGGAAGGUUGUGUGGAAAUGGCUUGGAUGAUGGGGUUGAUUAAGUAUCAUAAUGGUAAUUUGAAAGGUCGUCCAUACACUGGUUGGGUUGAUGCUAAGACCAAUGAACCUAUUGAUGAUAAGGAUGUUAAGAGUAAAUACGAAAGUCAUAUCCUUGACCAUGCUGGUAUUAGAUUAAUUGAACCUGAAUUGUUUAAUGGUUACAACCCAGAAAGAAAGCAUAUGAUUCAAGAAAUUAUUGUUGAGGAAAACAUGGAACCAUUUGAAGCUUCUAAAGAAACAGCUGAACAAUUCAAGCAUGAGCAUGGUGAUAAAGUGGACAUUUUUGAAAUCCCUGAAACUGGUGAAUAUUCUGUUAAAUUAUUAAAGGGUGCCACUUUAUACAUUCCAAAGGCCUUGAGAUUUGAUCGUCUUGUGGCUGGUCAAAUUCCAACUGGUUGGAACGCUAAGACUUAUGGUAUCUCUGAUGAUGUUAUUUCUCAAGUGGAUCCAAUUACUUUGUUUGUCUUAGUUUCCGUGGUGGAAGCAUUUAUUGCGUCUGGUAUUACUGAUCCAUAUGAAAUGUACCAAUACGUCCAUGUUUCUGAAGUGGGUAACUGUUCCGGUUCCGGUAUGGGUGGUGUUUCCGCAUUACGUGGUAUGUUUAAGGAACGUUAUAAGGAUGAACCUGUUCAAAAUGAUAUCUUACAAGAAUCGUUCAUUAACACGAUGUCAGCCUGGGUCAAUAUGUUAUUAAUUUCUUCCAGUGGUCCAAUUAAGACCCCUGUGGGUGCCUGUGCCACAUCUGUGGAAUCUGUUGAUAUUGGUGUGGAAACCAUCCUAUCUGGUAAGGCUAAGAUUUGUAUUGUUGGUGGUUAUGAUGAUUUUCAAGAAGAAGGUUCAUAUGAAUUUGGUAACAUGAAGGCUACUUCUAACACGUUGGAAGAAUUUGAACAUGGUCGAACCCCCUCUGAGAUGUCUAGACCUGCUACAUCGACUCGUAACGGGUUCAUGGAAGCACAAGGUGCUGGUAUUCAAAUCAUUAUGAAUGCUGAUUUGGCUUUGAAGAUGGGUGUUCCAAUUUAUGGUAUUGUUGCCUUGACCGCGACUGCUACUGAUAAGAUUGGUAGAUCUGUUCCAGCUCCAGGUAAGGGUAUCUUAACGACAGCCAGGGAGCAUCAUGGUGAUUUGAAAUUCCCCACUCCAUUAUUGAAUAUUAAGUAUAGGAAACGUCAAUUGGCUGCUCGUGAGGUUCAAAUUAAGCAAUGGGUGGAGAAUGAAAUUGAUCUUUUGAAAUAUGAAGUCAGUGAAGUUCCAUUGGAUGAUCAAGAGGAAUUCUUCGUGGAACGUACCAAGGAGAUCAACCAUGAGGCAUCCAAGCAAUUGAAGGCAGCCCAAAGUCAAUGGGGGAAUGAAUUCUUUAAGAAUGAACCACGUAUUGCUCCAUUGAGAGGUGCGUUGGCCACGUAUGGGUUAACCAUUGAUGAUUUAGGAGUGGCUUCAUUCCAUGGUACUUCCACUAUGGCCAAUGAUAAGAAUGAAUCCGCCACUUUGAAUGAUAUGAUGAAACAUUUAGGUAGAUCUGAGGGGAACCCCGUUGUUGGUGUUUUCCAAAAAUUCUUAACUGGUCAUCCUAAGGGUGCUGCUGGUGCUUGGAUGAUGAAUGGUGCCUUACAAAUUUUGAAUACUAGUAUUAUUCCAGGGAAUAGGAAUGCGGACAAUAUUGAUAAAUUGUUGGAACAAUACGAAUAUGUGUUAUUCCCCUCCAAGUCUUUGAAGACCAAUGGUAUCAAGGCCGUUUCCAUUACCUCGUUUGGGUUUGGUCAAAAGGGUGCCCAGGCUAUUGUUGUUCAUCCAGAUUAUCUAUAUGCUGCCAUUGAUGAAUCCAAAUACAAUGAAUAUAAGAGCAAGGUUAACAAGAGAGAGAAGACUGCAUACAAGUACUUCCAUAAUGGUAUGAUCACUAACAAGUUAUUUGUCAGUAAAGAGCAUGCGCCAUACAGUGAUGAAUUGGAGGAGUCAGUCUAUUUGGAUCCAUUAGCGCGUGUUUCUCAGGACAAGAAGGACGGUAGUUUAACGUUCAACAGUGGAUCGAUCCAAAACAAGAACACUUAUGCGUCUGCAUCCAACAGGGAGACCGCAGCCAUCGUGAGAGAAUUGACCAAGGAAGUAGCUAAUACCAAGACGAAUGUUGGAGUGGACGUGGAGUUGAUUACGAGUAUCAAUGUGGAAAACGAAACAUUCAUUGAACGCAAUUUCACCGCCAGCGAGAUCGCAUACUGUUCCCAGCAACCAAGUGUGCAGAGUUCGUAUGCCGGGACAUGGUCCGCCAAGGAAGCAGUUUUCAAGUCCUUGGGAGUGCAGUCACGGGGCGCGGGAGCGUCUCUGAAAGAGAUUGAAAUUUCCCGUGUUCAUGGAAACGCGCCCGUUGUAGUGUUGCACGGAGAUGCUAAGAAGAUUGCUACGGGUGCGGGCAUUGUGGAGGUGAACGUUUCCAUCUCACACGACGACUUCCAGUCCAUUGCCGUUGCGAUCUCCACUAAGAAGUAA